AGCAGCACAAAACCUCCUGAUCUGCAGGGAACCAAUUAUUGAUCUUCCGUGAGUGCGUGUAGAAAGUGUCCGAACCGAACGGGGAACGCCUGUAAGCGGUGCAACGAUGGUGGCUCGAGCGGGACGCAGUCGGUUCUUCGUGUGCCUCGGGUUGCUUAUUCUCACGGUAGGCUUCCUCACAAUAUUUCACAACUCGCAGCAGCAGCUUGACGAGCUGCGCCAACUAGGACUGCGCUGCGAGCAGCAGCAAAAGUCCGUCCAGGCCCAGAUGGAAGUUAUCGUCGACCAGAAGCUACGGCUGGAGAACUCGCUCGAAUCGGAACGUAUGAUCAACGAAGCCAACCGGAAGGAGCUGAAGCAGCGGGCUCAGGAUGAAAAGGAAGAGCACAGCAAGUCGUCGAUGGAGGCCAACAUCCGGUAUGCGUCGCUGCAGCAGCAGUGCAAUCUGGUGAAGAGCCAGCUCGGUGACUUGACGGAAGAGUGUAGCAAAAGCAAAAAACUACAAUCGGAGGAAGUGAACGCGCUUCGGCUCAAAGUGUCAGAGUUACAGGGGAAGGUGCAGCGGUACAAACAAGAGUCCGAUAACGAUGCGGAACAUUUGAAGGCCCAGGUGGAGCAGCUUAAAAAUGAGAAAAUAAAUCUCGAAGCCACACUUCGUCAACAGUUGGUGUACAAAGACCAAAUCAUAGAGAAGCUACGAGAUCUCGCCACAAAAAUGGAGAAGGAAAAUGCUCACUACCUGGAGCAGUGCAAGCUGCCCGCCGAACAACUUCCGCGGCAACACCAUCGCUACCGGGACGUGCUAGAGGCGCUGUCCGCUGCCAACUCGCUGAAAGCAAACGCCCACAGCUUCAACGAGCAGCUAUCCGUGAGUGAAGACUUGUACCGCAUACCGGUUGCGUUGAGAAGCCGUCCCGCUGCUGCCCCGGUUAGCUUUUCCACCACUGCCAGCUCCACCACCGGUUCGGUGUCGGUCGGUUCUCUCGCCACCUCCUCUCCCUCUUUCGCUACUAACAUUCAACACCUUCCGGCGCCGGCGGGUUCCUUCGAAGAGCAAGAGACGCGCGUCAUUGCUAACCCGUUCGAGUUGGUUCCUGACCGAGCGGCGGAACCGGACCGCACCAGACGAUCGAAAACUAAUCCCCCCGACGGUGGCGGUGGCUCCCUGCAAGCCGUACUCGAUGGUGGAAUCAUUAAUUCUGUGGAAAAUUUUCAGAUCAUUCCCAAACCGCUGCCGGCGGUCGUUGCACCGGCUGAAGGCAGCCCGAAUAACAAUGUCCUGCAGGAGCCGCACCUCAUGAAGACGUCUACCUCGGUGUCGGCCAGCGGGCGAAGGUUUGGUGGUUCCGCUUCAUCUGAUCGUAACAUGCAACUUCCGAUCUUAGCCGCACCGACCGUCCUUCCCGUCAAUCGUGGAGUAUCCGUACCGGAGCGAGCCAGCAAAAGCAGUAAGAAUGGCGCCAGAAGCGGCGGUGGAGGAACAAUAGCGGGGGGUGCUAGUAGCAGUACGACGUCGACAACAAGCACUGCCUCCUCCGUGUCCCGCGCAGGUGCGGCUCCGAAUCGUUCUACGGGAGGAUCGGUCGCACGAAAACCACUGGCCAAUCGUCACUCGAAGCCAGUCCCAGUGGGAAUCGUUCCCUUCCCAGACGUCAUGCCCGAGCUGGAGGAAAAUAUCAGUGAAAACAUCAUGGACAAUCGGUACGCGAAUGUUGCCGCUGCCGCUGCUGCCGCAUCCGGGACCUCAACGGGAAGUGUUCGUGCGGGGGCUCCCUCGGCAGGAAUCGGUGGCGGCAAGAAGGGAAAAUCUGACAAACGACACGGCGGAGUUGGUGCCGACUUAAACUUCCUUAACGGCGGAGCCAACCUCGACGCGGAUAAUGGAGCCCACGAGGUGCACGAUAAUGAAGUCGGUGGCAAACGAAACGCAGGUAACGCGGGUCUAGAUGAUCGAGAGGGGCCGGCUGCGGCUGGCGAUGGUGUCGCGGCCGACGACGAACAGCUAGCCAUGGGAGGGGACAAUCUUAACGCCGCCGAGGAGGACACAAACCUGUACGACAACGCCAAUGGCAAGGCACAGUUCGGGGGAAAUCCUCUGCUCGAUCAGCAGCUCGAGUACAACGAGGUAAUGGUACCGGGCGGUGGGCAACACGCCGCACUGCAGCAUGCACGCCGCAAUGAUCACGUGCGUCGGAUGGGUGGCGGGUCGAAGCGAGAUCCAGGAGCUGCCGGUGGCCCAGACAGUAAGGCGGCCAUCAUCGAUCGGAUGGGCGAUAAGCUGAUUAACGAAAUAGCGCACGAUCACGGAAAGGAAGGAGAUAACUAUCCGAACGAAAUGGAAGACCUGCAUCUUGUCGGCAACGAAGCGGAGGAAGAAGAUGUGAGCGAUUAUGAUGAUCCGACCGCAUUGAAACAGGGACAUGCCGAACGGAACUAGGCUGUAAAUUGCAUUGAUACCUUUCGUUUCGUACCCCCCGAACACACAUUGUGACUGACCAGCAACUCAUAACUGAACUGAACUGACGUUUGUCCGCAGCAGCUAAGCAUUACCAGUGAGAUUAGGAGGUUGAAUCUCCCCCCGACGCAGCCAGAAUGAACAGCGCAACCCAGUUUCACGGCCAACAAGCCGAUGGAGAGGUGCAUCGUAUAUGCUCGCUUGUUUCGAAUCACAUUUCUGCGUUAAGAAAUAGGCUAAGUAAUCAUUUGUUUUUCGCACAACGAUUACCGGCCCGCUUUCCCCCCCGGAUACGGUCUUGACUGGGUAGGAAUGGUAAGAGAAUUUACUUUAUGUCCUCGACGAUUUAAUUGUACUUGUUGAAUGUUUGCACCUUCGUUAAUGAGCGGAUACAUAUUCUUCUCUCGCCUUGAACGCUUACACUAUAAUGUUUAUUUAUCUUCAACCCAAUUUAAAGUUCGUGUUUUAUCGGAUUGUUUCAAGCAGUAUGCAGCGAAUAAUGCGCGUGAUUUAAAUGUUAUUUCCCUCCACAUACGAUAAUUUUGUAAUCUCCAGCCCGCGAACAAAUAACCGACUAGAUCUCUGUUAUUUUCUUAUUUUUAAAUAAUCUUUACAACUGUCCUUUAAACACGGGAAUCGUGUGUGUAACUUUCGAUUUGAUUAUUCUAUCCAAUUUUUGGAAACAAAUGCCAUAUUUGUUUUUGCAAUCUCCUUUUUUUUAUUAUUUUUACCCUAAAAAUAUUGAUCCUUCAAAAGGAUGUUAGCAUAAGUCGAUGUACUGAAAGGCACAAAUGCAUAUAAUUUUCCCCCGUUUCUAUGUAACCCAUGACAAGUGUUCUGGCAAAUCGUAUGUAGCGCCCGUAGCCAGCGUUCGAAAGUUCGUUAGUACAACCUUGGUGCACAGAGCAGACACGCUUCGGGUUGGUGAGGACAACAUUUCCAAGUUUACUUAAAAACCGGUCCAGCCUCAAGUAUCGCGAGUUGACCAGCCUCGAUGGUUUCUUUUUGCGUUGGUUGUAUGGCGAUAAGGAAAUAAAACCUACUGUUAAGUAUCUAAGAGCAGCAGAACGAUGGUUCGAAUGUAUAUUAUGUGAUGAGCGGAACCGAGCCUCGAUCGAUCCGCAGUUACUGGCAAAACGAAAUAGAUUACCCCAAAUCGGAGGGUUAUUGGCAGCGUAGUAACUAACUAAUGACAACAAACCCCAGAAUAUAUAUUAUUUAGAAUGUAAUGGUGAAUUGUCGUAAAAAUAAAAACAACACAAUAAUUUAAA